GAGGGAGCGGGAGGAGGCGUAGGACUGAAGAGGGCGGUGCGCUGAGAGGUUAUUUGUGGUUCGCUUUGAUCCCGAGGGGGAACCUGAAACUCUCACAUUCCUGGCAUAGCAGCCGCCUCCGGCGCGGGCCGACCCUGGGGCUGCGCGCUGGGGCCCGAGCGGCCAGAGCGUCGGCGCCACUGCUGAGUACACACCUCCGCUGCUGAGCCGAGCCGAGCCUGGCCGGGUUGUCCGGUCUGACCGAGCCGAGCACCCGCGGGCCGCAGCGGUGCCCUGGGGCCACGUGCCUCUGGCCUUUGUCCAGACGGGUGUGUGCAAGCCAAGAAAGCAUGAGGACGCUGGAAGACUCCUCUGGGACAGUGCUACACCGCCUCAUCCAGGAGCAGCUACGCUAUGGCAACUUGACUGAGACACGCACCCUACUGGCCAUCCAACAGCAGGCCCUGCGGGGUGGGGCUGGAGCUGGGAGCACAGGGAGCCCCCAGGCCUCCCUGGAGAUCUUGCCACCGGAAGACAGCCAGGUGCUGCAACAGGCCACAAGGCAGGAGCCCCAGGGCCAGGAGCACCAGGGCGGUGAGACCCACUUGGCAGAGAAUACCUUCUACCGGCUGUGCCCACAGCCCAGCAAGAGCGAGGAGCUACCCACCUAUGAGGAGGCAAAAGCCCACUUACAGUACUAUGGAGCCCAGCAGGCAGGGCCCCGGCCACAUGUUAGUGACCGGGAUCCCCGUGGCGCCCCUGGAGGCAACCGAAGGCAGGAUGAGGCCCUGCGGGAGCUGAGGCAUGGGCACGUGCGCUCCCUGAGUGAACGGCUCCUGCAGCUGUCCCUGGAGAGGAACGGUGCCCGGGCCCCCAGUCACAUGAGCUCCUCCCACAGCUUCCCGCAGUUGGCCCGAAACCAGCAGGGCCCCCCAGUCCGGGGCACCCCUGCCGAGGGCCCGGAGCCCCGUGGACCUCCACCUCAGUACCCACACGUUGUGCUAGCUCAUGAGACCACCACUGCUGUCACUGACCCUCGGUACCGCGCCCGCGGCAGCCCGCACCUCCAGCAUGCUGAAGUCAGGAUCCUGCAGGCACAGGUGCCUCCUGUGUUCCUCCAGCAGCAGCAGCAGUACCAGUACCUGCCCCUGGAGCACCCCCCACACCCACACCCAGCUGCUCUUGGCCAUGGCCCCCUAGGCUCCCUCAGCCCACCUGGGGUGGAGGGGCCAGCAAGCACCCAGGCCUCCUUGGCCACCUCGGGCAGUGCCCAUCUGGCCCAGAUGGAGACUGUGCUGAGGGAAAAUGCCAGGCUGCAGAGGGACAACGAGAGGCUGCAGAGAGAGCUAGAGAGCUCAGCGGAGAAGGCUGGCCGCAUGGAGAAGCUGGAAAGUGAAAUCCAGCGGCUCUCUGAGGCCCACGAGAGCCUGACGAGAGCCUCCGCCAAGCGGGAGGCCCUGGAGAAGACCAUGCGGAACAAGAUGGAUAGUGAAAUGAGGAGGCUGCAGGACUUCAACCGGGAUCUUAGAGAGAGGUUGGAAUCUGCAAACCGCCGCCUGGCGAGCAAGACGCAGGAGGCCCAGGCAGGCAGUCAGGACAUGGUGGCCAAGCUGCUUGCUCAGAGCUAUGAGCAGCAGCAGGAGCAGGAGAAGCUGGAACGGGAGAUAGCACUGCUGCGCGGUGCCAUUGAGGACCAGCGUCGGCGUGCGGAGCUGCUGGAGCAGGCUCUGAGCAACGCACAGGGCCGAGCUGCGCGAGCUGAGGACGAGCUGCGCAAGAAGCAGGCGUAUGUGGAGAAAGUGGAGCGGCUGCAGCAGGCACUCGGGCAGCUGCAGGCUGCAUGUGAGAAGCGUGAGCAGCUGGAGCUACGUCUGCGCACGCGCCUAGAGCAGGAACUCAAGGCCCUGCGUGCACAGCAGAGACAGGCUGGCACCCCCAGUGGUAGCAGUGGCAGUGGUGGGUCCCCGGAGCUCAGUGCCCUGCGGCUAUCAGAGCAACUGCGGGAGAAGGAGGAACAGAUCCUGGCACUGGAGGCCGACAUGACCAAGUGGGAGCAGAAGUAUUUGGAGGAACGUGCCAUGAGGCAGUUUGCCAUGGAUGCGGCCGCCACAGCCGCUGCCCAGCGGGAUACCACUCUCAUCCGACACUCCCCCCAGCCUUCGCCCAGCAGCAGCUUCAACGAGGGCCUGCUCGCCGGAGGCCACAGGCAUCAGGAGAUGGAAAGCAGGUUAAAGGUGCUCCAUGCCCAGAUCCUGGAGAAGGAUGCAGUGAUCAAGGUCCUCCAGCAACGCUCCAGGAAAGACCCUGGCAAGGCCACCCAGGGCUCCCUGCGACCCGCCAAAUCCGUGCCAUCUAUCUUUGCAGCUGCAGCAGCAGGGACCCAGGGCUGGCAGGGGCUCUCCUCCAGUGAGCGGCAAGUGGAUGCCCCUGCCUGGCUGGCUACAGCAGACAGGGCCCCUGCGGAGGAGCCCAUGGCCACCACUGCCCUCCCUGCCCAUGCCAAACACGGGAGCAGAGACGGGAGCACCCAGACUGAUGGCCCCCCGGAGAGUGCUACUGCCUGCCUUGGACAGGAGCCUGACAGCCUCCUGGGGUGCAGCAGUGGCCAGCGGACAGCCUCACUGGACUCUGUUGCUACAUCCAGAGUCCAGGACUUGUCGGACAUGGUGGAGAUACUGAUCUGAAGGAGGUGAUGCCAUGGGGACUUAGAAGCAUUCCCUGCACUCCUCUGCCACUCUCGGCCAUUCCAGCAGCCCCCUCCAACUGCUGCUUACCCACUUCCCCCACCGGGCACUCAUUCCCACUGACUGUCUGGCCCCAGGAGCAUUGGAAGGAUGCUGCAGGGGCGAGAGAUAGAUGCUGUGAGAGCACCUGCACCCCAGAAGACCCUGCUUCUUAGCCCCACAUUCUUCCUGGACCCAUGCAGGAUGAAGACUCAGCCUUUACCUGCUGCCCAAGGCUUGCUGCUGGGGUAACAACUGAAGGCUCAGAAGAGAACUGAGCCCUCUCUGCACCCCCAGUUGGCACUCAGGCAGGGAGGGAGGGGAUAUGUUGGUUUAGAAGGCUGAUUUCCAAGGAGAGCUGCCUGUGGACACCAGGUAGGCUGAUCCAGUAAUCAAGUUGGUCAUGGUGUUCUCUGGUUAAGUGUAGUCCUAGCCAACCUCAUCUGCUCCUCAGCUACUCACUGCCUCCUUGGAAUCACUAAGGCUUGCAUGUUUUGGGGGCUGUUGAAGGUGUUAGUCCUGCAGAAGCCACAGCCUCACCCCCUCACUUGGAGUGGGUGAGGGCUAUUUAAGUGGACUGGGAUCUGCUGGGCAGUUUGUAUAUAAUUCCCUUUCUUGUGGAACAGAAGAUUGAAGCAUGCUGCUUCCGACUUGUCCCCCCAUUCUGUGCACUCAUCCCUGCUGCCAUGAGUCCUGUAAGUCCUGACCAGCCUCCUAGUUAUCUCUCUUCUCAAGUUCUUGGCCCGUGGAUUUUGAUACUGAUUGAUCCACAGGACAGUGGCUGUCUUUUCCUCCCAUGUUGAGCCCUGCUUUAAAUGCCCAUGGGACCUCCCCCUCCAUUCCCAGCCUCUUGAAGUGGCUCAACAGCUCCUGUCCCUGGGACAUCCUGUCAGUUUGGUUACAAACCCUGAGCCAGAUGAAAUGAGCCACCACACACAGACAUCUGCCAUGGUGGGCUUCCCAGCACCAGUUGAACAAAACUGGAGAAGUUGCCUUGUUCUUAUCAGAGUCUUUGUUCUCACCUGGAGGAAUUGAGAGAGGAAGCUAUGCUGGUGAAAACUAGUCAAUGAGCUACAAGAUGUGACUCCAGUUGUUCUUUGGAGGGAGCCCUCCGUCACAAAACGGCACCCAUGAGGCUGGCUCCUCAAGCUACCCGUACCCAGCGCCCUGAAGCAGGACCAGUGCUUGGAAUCAGUGGAGUGUCCACAUGGUAGCCUGCCAGCAGCAGUGACGUUGACUUCUGGUCUUAAAGAGCCCCCCAACUCAGCCCCAGGAGCAGUUUGUCUUGACUGUUUUUAGUUCUCCUUGAAUAUUUGUGUUUUUUCCUUUCCUGUUUUUAAGUUCUGUGUGUGUUAUUUUAUUCCCAUGGUUCCUUUUUGAACAUUUGCAUUUGCUGGACAAUUGCAUAUUUUUUUUUAAUCCUCCUACCCCUCUUAAAGCUGAAAAAUACAUUUGGUUCAUGUGCAUUGUUUACAAAGCAAAAAAAAAAAAGAGAGGAAAAAAAGGCAAAAAAAUAUUGUGAAAGGAAAAAAAACACAACUUAAUAUAUUUUGGAUUAAUAUUUGGUGUUUCUUUUAAAGUAUUUUUGUGCUGUGAACGUUUUCUGCCAAAGACCAUGAUGUGUGUCUGUAUGUUUAAGUUAUCGUAAAUAUUUAAAAUGUAAACAUGGCUGUUUUGUUAUGCCACCCUGUACCAGGAUUGCUGCUGCAUUCCACUGGGUAUAACAGUAUUUUAAUAAAAAAGAAAUAAUUAAAA